AUGUCCACAGCAUGGCAAUAUACCACCCGCGGUCGGCUCAGUACGACCAUCAAGCAGGUAUCCAAGCCGAUCCCAAACCCAAAAGCGGACGAGGUAGUCGUGAAAGUCAAGGCGGCCGCUCUCAAUCCGGUGGAGAAUCAGAUUGCUCAAUCUCCUGAUGUUCUUCUCAACUUCAUGGGUGCACCUCCCAUGGGCACGCCGUUCGUUCCCUGCUGGGACUUUUCGGGUAUCAUACACUCUGUCGGGGCCGGUGUGAAGGACCACUCAGCCGGCGAUGAGGUCUUUGGCAUGAUUCCGAAUAUGACCGGCAACGGCUCUCUCCAAGAGUACGUCGCGGUCUCCGCAGCAGCUCCUUUCGUCAAAAAGCCAGAAGGGCUGUCCUGGACGGACGCUGCCGCCCUCCCAUUGGCAUACGGGACCGUCUACACUGCUCUGAUCAACUACGGUCGCCUUGCGUUCAAUCCUCAUCCUGCUGAUGUGGGACGAAGGAGUGUCCUCAUCCUCGGCGGGAGCAGCGGGACCGGGAGCAUGGGUAUCCAGCUCGCCAAGAAAAUGGGGCUCAAGGUGGUCACUACUUGCAGCGGCAAGAAUACCGACUUUGUCAAGAAGCUCGGCGCGGACGAGGUGAUCGACUACACCCAGGAGCACGUUGCGCAGAGAGCACUGCACUCGCAGUACGCCCCGUACGCCGUCGUAUUGGACUGUGUGGGCGGAACGGAUCUCAUCCCACAUCUGGACCACUUGAUCCUGAACGAUCCGGUAGCCCCUCAAUUGGGCAUCUACGUGACGAUCGUCGGAGAUAAAACCGGCAGAGAUGCGAUGGGGGGCGCAAUCACCAAUCAGCAGUACUACUACCCUUCGCAAGCCAUCAGGCAGCUACGAGGAAGACUUAAUGACUAUCUUCCAUCGUGGCUCCCGGGGAGAAGUGCGCUCGCUAGCAGGCGAUACGCCUGCAUCAUGCUGUCCCCGUCAAAGGCCAUGUUUGAGACUAUAGCCGAAUUUAUGAAGACCGCAAAGGAGGUCCAGAUCGACUCGGUGCACGCGUACAAGGAUGCACCGGCUGCGUUCACGCGGAUCGAGAGCGGGAGGGCAAGGGGCAAGGUCGUGGUGGAGGUCAGCAAGUAG